CCCGCGCCGCGCGAUGACGUCACAACGGAUCCGCCGUCGUUCCGCCGGGUUCCCGAGUUCCUGAGUUGUGCGCGUCAGCAACGGUAGUGACGCGUAUUGCCCGGAGGAUGGCGGACGCCGGCUUGCGCCGCGUGGUUCCCAGCGACCUGUAUCCGCUCGUGCUCGGCUUUUUGCGCGAUAACCAGCUGUCGGAGGUGGCCAAUAAAUUCGCCAAGGCAACAGGCGCUACCCAACAGGACGCCAACGCCUCUUCCCUCUUGGACAUCUACAGCUUCUGGCUCAACAGGUCCACCAAGGCCCCAAAGCGGAAGUUACAGGUAAACGGACCAGUGACUAAGAAGGCUAAGAAGAAGACUUCAUCCAGUGACAGCAGUGAGGACAGCAGUGAGGAGGAAGAAACCCAAGGGCCUCCAGCUAAGAAAGCUGUUGUACCUGCCAAGCGGGCCAGUCUGCCUCAGCAUGGUGGAAAGGCUUCAGCUGAAGCAACAGAGAGCAGCAGCAGUGAAGAAUCCAGUGAUGAGGAGGAGGAGGACAAGAAGAAAAAGCCUGUUCAGAAGGGAGUUAAGCCCCAACCCAAGGCAGUCAAAGCUCCUUCUAAGAAGGCCAAGAGCUCUGAUUCUGAUUCAGACUCAAGCUCAGAAGAUGAGGCACCAAAGAACCAGAAGCCAAAGACAACACCUGUGGCAGCUAAGGCUCAAGCUAAAGCCUCAGCCAAAUCAGGUACACCAGCUCGGGUGGCACCUAAAAUAGCCAAUGGCAAAGCAGCCAGCAGUAAGAGCAGCAGCAGCAGCAGCAGCAGCAGCAGCAGUAGUGAUGACUCAGAGGAGGAGGAGGCAGCAGCCAUACCUAAGAAGACUGUACCUAAAAAGCAAGUUGUGGUCAAGGCUCCAGUGAAAGCAGCAGCCACCCCUACCCAAAAGAGUUCCAGUAGCGAGGACUCCUCAAGUGAAGAGGAGGAGGAGCAGAAAAAACCCAUAAAGAAAAAACCAGGUCCCUAUAGUUCAGUCCCCCCACCUUCUGCUGCCCUAUCCAAGAAGUCCCUGGGAACCCAGGCUCCCAAGAAAGCUGCAGAGAAGAAAGAGCCUGUAGAGAGCAGUGAGGACAGCAGUGAUGAGUCUGAUUCGAGUUCUGAAGAAGAAAAGAAACCCCCAGCUAAGACAGUCAUCUCUAAAGCAACCAUUAAACCAGCUCCAGCAAAGAAGGCAUCAGAGAGCUCUUCAGACAGCUCAGACUCUGACAGUUCUGAGAAUGAAGCUCCUGCCAAGUCAACUGGUACCACCAAGAAUCUCCCAAGUAAGCCAGCUGCCACUCCCAAGCAACCUGCAGCUAAAUCAGCCACAGCUCCCAAGCAAGCUGCAGGCAAUGUCCAGAAGCCUCUGACCAGAAAGGCUGAUAGCAGCUCCAGUGAGGAGGAGAGCAGUUCUAGUGAAGAGGAGAAGAUGAAGAAGACUGUGGCCACCCCCAAGUCAAAGGCAAUGGCCAAAACAGCUCCAUCUCCGGCUGCCAAACAGUCCUCUCAGGGUGGUAGGGACAGCAGCUCUGAUUCAGACAGCUCUAGCAGUGAGGAAGAGAAGGAAGAGAAGAUAUCAAAAUCCCCAGUUAAAAAGAAGCCACAGAAGACAGCGGGAGUGGUAGUCUUUUCCAAGCCAGUCGCCGCAAAGAAAGCAAAGGCUGCGAGUAGCAGCUCUUCCUCUGAUGAUUCCAGUGAGGAGGAGGAGGAGGAGGAGGAGAAGCCUAAGGGCAAAGGCAAUAUAAGACCACAAGCGCUGAAGACCAAUGGGACCUCUGCACUGACUACCCAGAAUGGAAAAGCAGACAAGGACAGCAAUGAGGAAGAAGAAAAGAAAAAGACAACCACAGUUUCUAAGCCAGGUUCAGGAAAGAAGCGGAAGCAGAAUGAGGCUGCCAAGGAGGCAGAGACUCCUCAAGCCAAGAAGAUAAAGCCCCAGACCCCCAACACGUUUCCAAAAAGGAAGAAAGGAGAAAAAAGGGCAUCAUCACCAUUCCGAAGGAUCAGGGAGGAGGAAAUCGAGGUAGAUGCUCGAGUGGCAGACAACUCUUUUGAUGCCAAGCGGGGUGCAGCUGGAGACUGGGGGGAGCGAGCCAAUCAAGUUCUGAAGUUCACCAAAGGCAAAUCGUUUCGGCAUGAAAAAACCAAGAAGAAACGUGGCAGCUACCGGGGAGGCUCCAUCUCUGUCCAGGUCAAUUCCAUUAAGUUUGACAGCGAAUGACCUGGGGCCAUUUGUGGCGAAGUAGGAUGAUGAUUGGAGACCACUUGCUUUCCCCAGUGGACCUGGGAACCAUCAGCUCUCUUAAGGAAGGGUCUUGGUGAGGACAGCAGUUUAGAAUAGGUCCGAAGACUGCAUUGUCACAACUUCUCUGGUCCUUUUCUGUGUCCGUAGUUUUGUACAGAUUUGUUUUUGAGUGUUGAGUAGUAAGGACAACAUAAGAGGAGUGUUUUUUUUUUUUUUUUUUUUUUUUUUUUUUUUAAGAAAAAAAAAAUUUUUUUUUGGUUGUCAUUCCCUUCUCCCUGUUCUGUGGAAGUCCUCAUACUGAGAAAUUUGUAUAUUUUAUAUUAAAUCAUUUCCUAUAGAUUUUUGUUGUGAUUUUCAGAGGUGGGUUCCCACAGAUAAAAUCUUAGCUAUUGCCUAAAACAUAGUGAGGGCCACAUGUACGAGUUUUUAUAAUUGAAGAAUUCUGCCAGUGUGAGUACACGGGUCCACAUUUCAUCCGUCCUACCCCUCAGUGCUCUGGGAAGAGGCAGUUAAGAAUGAUUAAUGUGUAUAUGUUUGGUAAGCAUGCAGUGUGUAGUUCAUCUCCAUUCAUGGGGUCUAGGACUGAUGUUUUCAGCGAGCAUGGACUUAACUACUUUUUGGGGUAAAAUUCACUUUUGUUGGCAGACACAGUUCUGUUGUAGUGUGAAUGCUGUGGGGUUAGUCUGAAUAUUUUGUUUUCUGUAAUUUUAACAUUACCUAAUGUUUGCAAUACAUGUUUAGUUUUUCAAUUUGAAAACAUAAAACUUUUCUAUUGUUCAAAGGCUUUUUUUGAUGACCCUUAAUGGUACUAAGUUGAGGAGUGCGUCUUGGUUUUUACAUUUUACAGAACAAAAUGACAUUAAUUUAAUCUGAAAAGUACACAUCACUUGGUAUUUCUGUCUUGGUAACAGUGGUGACACAAAAUUGAUUUCAUUAACUCCUACAUGGUUGGAAAUCUGAUCAAAAUGAAAGAAUAAAAGCUAUAAUUAAAAUUCUCAGUCUUCAGUAGGAAUUAGGUUACAUUAGUCAGGUGAAUUUAUAGGUAACCUGUGUAUGUGCUAAUGGAACUAGGAUGAACCUUUAAAAAGCAUAUUAGGUGGUAAGACUUACGUGGGGUGGGGUUGGUUGGUACGCAUCCUAACAAGAUUAUGGUGUCUUGUAGUUGGAACAUGGGAGCAAUUGAUGUGCCCCUUGCAGAACCUUAACUGUCAGUAACAGUGGAGAGAAUGAUAAAAACCAGUGAGCAGAAAGAAGACUCCUGAGGCCAAGCUAGCUUAUUGUAAAGCUGUUGGAGAUGACCGUGCUUAUUAGCCAGAGCAGGAUGGGGAGGAAAGAGACAACAGCAAACGAGUCUGAGCUGUUCCUUUGGUGGGAAAGUGUGCUCUAGCUUCGUGGAUGAGGGAGGUGUAGGUUUUAAGUUUAGCCUCCCCUUGUUUGGAUUCCACACUUGCCAAGUAACUUGAUAAUUACUUGGUUUUCCCUGUAACUGCCUCUAGGAAGAACAUACACUGUUCAUGCUGACAUAGGUACAUCAGUCUGCAUGGUAAAAGUUACACAUCUUACUACAAAAUAAUAAACUGGCUGGUUUAUAAUGUG